AUGGUCUACACACAUUCACCAAAAGAGCCCAUUGCCAUUAUUGGCACCGGGUGUCGCUUCCCCGGCGAUUCGACGUCUCCUUCAAAGUUGUGGGAUUUACUCUACUCGCCGCGGGAUCUCACGAGAGAAGUGCCCGCUGAAUCACGGUUCAACCCCAAGGGCUUUUACAAUGUCGACGGUGAACAUCAUGGUGCAAGCAACGCAACCAAUGCAUACUUUAUUGAGGAGGAUCCGCGGUAUUUCGAUGCGGGAUUCUUCAGUAUUGCACCGCGCGAAGCCGAAUCGAUCGAUCCGCAACAAAGGCUCCUGCUGGAGACAGUGUACGAAGCGAUGGAAAAUGCAGGACUUACGCUGAAUGGAAUGCGAGGCAGCGCGACUUCAGCCUACAUGGGCGCCAUGUCGGCCGACUACACCGAUACGCAGCUGAGGGAUAUUGAGAACGUCUCCAAAUACAUGAUUACCGGAACCUCUCGCGCUCUCUUGUCGAAUCGUCUAUCCUACUUUUUUGACUGGAAAGGUCCGUCGAUCAGUGUUGACACGGCAUGCUCGUCCAGUCUGGCGGCCGUGCAUCUUGGUGUCCAGGCCUUGCGCGCUGGCGAGUGUAAAAUCUCCUGCGUGGGCGGCUCCAAUAUCAUUCUGAACGCAGAUUGCUACCUUGCCGCUACCAGUCUUCAUUUGCUUUCACCCACUGGUCGGUCACAGAUGUGGGAUCAAGCUGCUGACGGAUACGCCCGAGGCGAGGGUGUUUGUGUCUUCUUCAUGAAGACCUUGUCUCAGGCGUUGCGAGAUGGAGAUCGAAUCGACGCACUCCUGCGAGAGACAUGUGUCAACUCUGAUGGUCGAACACAGGGAAUUGCCUUACCUAGUGCUGAGGCCCAAGUCUCGUUGAUGAGAACUGCAUAUAAAAACGCUGGGCUCGACCUUUCAAAGGCGGAGGAUCGCCCACAGUACAUUGAAGCGCAUGGGACCGGUACACAAGCUGGAGAUCCAAGAGAAGCAUACGCCAUUGCCACCACGUUCUUCCCACCUGAAGAAGACCACAGUCAUAGACCCAAACUGGUCGUUGGGUCAGUCAAGACCGUCAUUGGUCACACCGAAGGAUCUACUUCACCCGAGGCCUGGCCCGUUGUGCCUCCUGACACACCGCUACGGGCAAGUGUUAACGGAUUCGGCUCCGGAGGCACUAAUUGUCAUGCUAUUGUGGAAAGCUACGUGCCUGAAAUUCAUGACAAUGGCCCUUGGGGAAAGCCAAAAGAGAUGAGACAGCUCCCAAACGGUAUCGCCACACCGGAGAGUGACUUCUCUCCCAUACCCCUGGUAUUUUCAGCUAGCUCUGGAACAGCCCUCCGUGCAAUGCUAGAGAGGUAUCAAGAGUAUCUGGAGAGGACCGAGGUGUCCCUUCUACGCCUGGCAAUGACGCUCAACUCUCAUCGUUCGACUUUGCCAGUCAGGAUUUUUAUUCCUGGGACCUCGAAAGCUGGAGUUCUCGAAGCGAUCCGGACGCAACUUGCCAAAGUCGGUUCAAAUCCUGGUGCAGAGAUUGGUACCCGAUCUUCCGUUCCGGAGUUUGAUCAGGUCAGACGUCCCAAGAUCUUGGGUGUGUUCACUGGUCAAGGAGCUCAAUGGGCCGGCAUGGGUCAUGGUCUUAUGGAGAAGAGUGCGCUAUUCAGACAAGUCAUCGAGAUGAUGGAAGAGGCAAUGGCACAACUCCCCGACGGACCAGAGUGGUCUCUGAAAGAAGAGAUCAUGAAGCCUCCAAAAACAUCCCGGCUGGGCGAAGCUGAGAUUUCCCUACCCGUAUGUGCGGCCCUUCAGGUUGGCCUGGUCAAGGUACUCUGGAGCGCAGGAAUCACUUUCAGCAUGGUCGUCGGUCACUCUGGCGGCGAGAUUGGUUCUGCCUAUGCCGCUGGCAAAAUCAGCGAGGUUGAUGCCAUCAAGAUUGCCUACUAUCGCGGGGUGUACACCAAACUCGCCAUUGGUAAAGACGGAAAGAAGGGCGGUAUGGUUGCCGUCGGAUUUGGCUAUGAAGAUGGUCUCAACUUUUGCGCGAUGGAGCAAUUCGCCGAUCGCCUCACCGUUGCUGCCAGUAACUCGCCCAAGAGCGUCACACUUUCGGGAGAUCUUGAUGCUGUUCAUGAGGCAAAGGAAUUACUGGACUCUGAAGGCGUGUUCAAUCGUGUUCUACGGCUCGACACGGCCUACCAUUCGCCUCACAUGUAUCCUUGCGCGGCGCCUUAUCUGGCUGCCAUCGAGCGCUGCGGUCUUGUGGCUGGCAAAUCCAAUGGAACGGCCUGGGCAUCCAGUGUGUACGAAGAUAACAGAAUGAUCACCUCUGCGCAAGAUAAAGACAUGGAAGCGGCCUACUGGAAAGACAAUCUGAUUGGGAGGGUGUUGUUCUCGCAAGCCGUUGAACGUGCCCUGGACGAAGGUAAUGGCGACUUUGACCUCGCUCUUGAAAUUGGCCCGCAUCCUUCACUCAAAGGACCUACUCUGGAGACAAUCAGACACAAGCUUGGCUCGGAAAUUCCUUACUCUGGCGUCUUAGAUCGCAAGUCCGACGACAUAUCGGCCUUGAGUGCCGCUCUUGGGUUCUCAUGGAUGACAUUGGGGUCUGGGGUUGUCGACUUUGCAGGGUACGUGUCCGCGUUUGACCCGAGCAAUGCUUCGGUCCUAAACGCACCGGCUUUGCCUGAGCUGCCGACAUAUCCAUGGGAUCAUAAGAAGGUCUUGUAUCGCGAGUCCCGUCUUAACAAGAACGUCCGCCACAGGGUUGAUCCGCCUCACCCGCUCCUUGGUAGCAGAACCCCCGACGAUACCGAUUAUGAGCCCAGAUGGCGAAACUUCUUUAUCAUGGAGGAGCUGCCCUGGUUGCGAGACCAUUGUGUCCAAGGCCAGAUCAUCGUCCCUGCGGCUACCUACUGCGUGAUGGCUCUGGAGGCUGCCAAGGUCCUUUGCCGGGGCAAGAAUGUACAUAGCAUUGAGCUGUCCAAUGUGGCCAUAUUACGCCCAAUUGUCCUCGACGAGGCAUCAGAUGGCACUGAGACUUUGUUUUCUGUGCGCAGCGAUCUUGAUUCCAACAAGCACGAGGACGAAAUUCAUGCUCAAUUUACCCUCAGCGCUGGUGCCAUGGAUGACAGGCAAUUGAGAACUGCUGCCACCGGCCACAUUCGAAUCACCCUUGUAUCGGAAGCACCCAUCUCGUUCCCCAACGGACGUCAACAGACGGAGAUAGAUCUGUUGCCGACCAGUGUCGAUCGAUUCUACGCGUCGAUGGACGAGAUCGGGCUAAGCUAUAGUGGACCGUUCAGGGCCAUGACGUCCAUGCGGAGACGUCUGAACUUUGCAUCUGCUACCGUGGCCGUGGAUAGAGACCUAGCUGGGACUAUUCCCGUUCAUCCCACCUGGCUUGAUGCCUGCUUCCAGACCUUCCUCGCGGCUUUCGCGGCCCCUCGGGACGGCUCAUUAUGGACAGCCUUCAUGCCCACUACAGUCGGUCGAAUGGUGUUCUCCCCAUCGAGCACUUCCCAAGUUCCUGGCACUUCGGUAACCGUGGACGCGCACAUCACCGACUUUGCACCUGGUUAUCAGGUAGCUCUACCGACACUGACGGGUGACAUGAGCAUUUUAAACUCUGAAACCAAUCAACUCCAAGUCAAGAUUGAAGACUUUGUGAUGAGCUCAUUCCUCCCUGCUUCUGAGAGUGACGACAGGAGGUUUUACCUAGAGAACGUGUGGGGACAGGAGAUUCUUUCUGGAGCACUCUGUGCAUCAGCUGAACACUGUAUCGCAGCCACAGAAAGCGAGACAAAGGUCAUUGAUACUUGUGAAAAGGCUGUUCACUACUACCUGUCAAAACUCAAGGCGGCCGGCCACCUAGACCAGUGGGCUGACAAGAGUCCCGGGCUACGUUCUCUGAUCAGCGAGAUAGAAGCUCGUGUUACUAGCAUACCGGAGCAAUCGGAUAUGGUGUCAAUGCUGGAAGAAGUCGGAGAGCACAUCGAUCUUGUCCUCGUGCGUACUAUCGGCGAGAGUCUCCUCAACUCCCCAAGUGAGGGCCUUGGCCCGAUCACACCUUCAUCGAUGGGUGCUCUUAUAGCUCGUUGGCACCACGAGGGCUUGGGUUUCUCACAACUUCAGAGCCAUUUCGUGAGCGCAGCUAAGCAAAUCUCUCACCAGCACGCGAAUCUGAGAAUCCUUCAAGUCGGUCCAUCUUCACCACGGCUAGUCCGUUCGAUUUGCCAUGAGCUCGGUCGCGGCUUGGAGAGAUAUACCGUAGUCGAUGAUUCAGAGCACACUAUCGAGGAGAUGAAGAGUGCUCUUGCUGCAGACCAGUUAAGAGUGGAUUUCACGCCAGCCAGUGUUGAAAAUGGGAUUGACGAGGUUAAUCAUCUGACCAGCGCCGGCGUUUUUGACUUGGUCAUUGUCCACAAGGCCUUUACCAACCAAGUCACCGCUUUGAAGACCGUCCGAAAUCUGUUGCGUCCUGGAGGUUUCAUGCUCAUGAUGGCUGCGACUGGCGCCCAGCUCCGUUUCCCCUUCAUGUUGAUGUCCGCACUCCCUUCGCUUGACGAGGAAGGAUUGGCACAGACCAAAUUCAUCAACACUACGCGAGAGGAGACCCACGACCUACUCCGACAGAUCGGAUUCUCUGGAGUCGACUCGAUUGCUCUAGACAAUGUGCCCGACAAGCAUACAUUCUCUGUCGUCGUCUCCCAGGCCCUCGAUGAUCACAUCACCUUCUUACGCAGCCCAUUGACGUCUCCGUCGCCCGCUCCACUCAGUGGAAACCUCCUCGUGGUAGGCGGCUUCUCGGCGGAUAUAGCCAAGCUUGCUACAGCUAUACAGUCACAGCUGUCAAAUGUUUGGCAUGGAGACAUCAUCAACGUGCGAACUCUCGCUGAGCUCAGCGAUGAAGCGAGCACCGUUGAAGCUGUUCUGAGUCUGACUGAUCUUGAUCGCCCAGUCCUGGAGGAUCUCAGAGCCCCAACCUUUAAGGGUCUGCAGGUACUCUUCUCAACGGCGAAAACGGUCCUCUGGAUUACCCACCGGGCCAAAGCUGACAAUCCUUACCACAAUGCCACCAUCGGCAUUGGUCGGUCAUUCCAGUCUGAGAAUCCACAGAAACUACUCCAGUUUCUCGAUGUGGACACGCUGGACGGAGUCGAGUCAGCCAUUGCAGAGAGUUUCCUCAAACUCAUCGGUGGCUUGAACAUGAAGAAUGGCAAUCCCGCGGACACUACUCAUCUCUGGACGAUUGAGCCAGAAGUCUCCCUGGAGAAAGGAAAAUACCUCGUUCCGAGACUUUUUCCAGAUACGAAGCGCAACGACCGACUCAAUGCUCUGAGACGCAAAGUCGAGACACAAGUUCCUGUCGAAUCGCAGCCUAUUUCCCUCAGCAGAUCUGCGCAGAGUGAUGGCCAAGUCGCUUAUACAGCGGAAGCAGUCCACUGCCACAGAGAUCUCGCACAUGGUGCAACCGACCCCGUUACUAUUGAGGUGGAACUGUGCUCGAUGGAGCCUGUCAUUCCCAAUAUUGACAAUGAGGAUCUUUUCUGCUGUAUUGGACGCACGUCGGAAGGUGCACGAGUUUUGGGUCUAUCACCAUCCAAUGCCUCGGUGGUAAAAGUGCCACGCGCAUGGACGAUACCAGUCGACAAGGAUACACCACACGAUCACGGUGCUUUUGUUAUGGAGCUGCUGAACGAGAUCAGAUCUCUUGUCAUCGCCAAGUCCGUUCCCCCCGGAUGCACUACCUUGAUUUACGAGCCUGAUGCUCAUCUUGCUGCUUCCUUGCUGAGGCCAGGUCGACCAGCUACUUCGUCGGUUAGUUUCAAAACCAGUGCAACAUGGUCAAUCCCAGGUAGCCAUAUUGUGAUCGAUCCGCAUGCCUCUAGAAAGGAGGUACAAGCGAAGCUACCCCCCAAGGCUAGGAUGCUCAUCCACAUGGGACGAGGAACCGAGACACGCGAGUUCUCAACUCUCAGACAAGCUCUCCCGCCGCACGCUACAGUCGUUGCGUUCAAUGACCUUGGAGCUCAUGAAAUCAACCCUCAUGAAUUGCUUGCGGAAUCUUUGUCCUUCGUACAGGGUGAUUCCCCAUCCGAGAAGGUUUCAUUUGACCAUAGUAGUGUGGUAAAAGCCUCUGCCUUGGUCGCUAGGGGAAAUAGGGAACAUGCCAAUGCUGCUCUCGUUGACUGGACAGGCGCUCAGAGCAUUACCCUGAGCCAGAGACCGGUUGACACUCGCAACCUAUUCUCCCCGAAUAAAACAUAUCUUCUUGUCGGCCUUACCGGGCAUAUUGGUCAGUCAAUAUGUCGCUGGAUGGUCCAAGGUGGAGCUCGGCAUAUCGUCGUCACAAGUCGAAACCCCGAGAAGCAAGGACAGCUCUGGAGGGAGGAGUUGCUGAAACAAGGAGUCAAUAUUGUCAUUGAAGCAGUUGACGUUACCAAAAAGCAUGACCUCCUGGACCUCCGCGCUCGCAUUGUCAGCUCCAUGCCUCCAGUUGGUGGCAUUGCUAAUGGCGCCAUGGUGUUGGACGACAAGUUGUUCAUUGACAUGCCUUUUGAGAGUUUCCAAACUGCCAUGAAGCCUAAAGCACAAGGCUCCAUCUACCUAGAGGAGGUUUUCUCGGCUGACGACCUUGACUUUUUCCUCUUCUUCUCGUCCAUUUCGGUAAUGACGGGCCAGCGAACACAGGCUAACUAUGUUGCUGCCAACAAUUUCAUGGUCGCUAUGGCCGAACGACGAAGGGCCCGGGGUCUCCCAGCUUCUGUUAUCGAUAUCGGCAUGGUCGUCGGCAUCGGUGUUAUUCAGAGAUCCCAAAAUGACAAAGGUGUCAGCACGAUGGAGAACUCGAUCAGACAGAUGGACUACAUGCCCGUGUCUGAAACUGACCUACAUCAUCUGCUCGCCGAGGCCAUCCUCGUCGGCCAGAGCGAUGAGUCCCCGGAGCUAAUUACAGGGUUGGAGACAUACAAGCCCGUCACAGGAGAGGCUCCCUUCUGGCACCAUAAUGUGCGCUUUUCCCAUCUCAUAACUGACCCUGAUGCUGCGCAAGCGGGUGCGGACUCUGUUGGUAGCGCUCAGAAAUCUUUGAAGGAGAUGCUGCUCAGCUCGGGUGGACCAGAGGAAGCGAGAAAGGUCAUGGAGAAUGCCCUCUUGGAAUAUCUAGCGUCCUCACUCAAGCUGUCACGCGAGACGAUUUACACCGACGUGCCGAUUAUUGACCUCGGUAUCGAUUCCCUCGUCGCCGUCCAGAUUCGGAACUGGACCUGGGCCGAAGCUGGAUAUGACCUUCCAGUAUUGAAGAUCCUGGGCGGAUCUUCGGUAGCCCAGGUUUGCGAUGAGGUAGUCGCAUCUCUGUCUUUUGACAAGACUUCGAUCGCGGCCGCCAAGGUCGAAAACCAAGCAGCACCGGCUCACAAGGUUCGCCCUUGGGAUAAACCACCAACUGAUACAAAGCGAACGGACGACGUAAUACCCGCGCCCAGGUCAGAGAUUGCCACAAGUGAACACAACGGCUUGCCAAAUGGGAUAUCGAAGAAAUCCUCAAACGUUGCCGUGAAGUUCAGGCGUCUCCGGAGGACUCCAGCUGGCGGUAGUGCCGCAAAGAAAGGCCCUCGCCCAACUCCGAUCAGGAUACAGCCGUUGUCGUUGGGUCAAUCUCGCCUCUACUUCCUAUCUCAAUACAUGGACGAUGAUACAGUCCUGAACUGCACCAUAUCUUACGCCCUCUACGGGAGGCUGGAUGUCUCCAAGUUGGAGCAGUCGAUCACUGAGGUAAUUCAGCGUCAUGAGGCCAUGCACACCUCUUUUUACACAGAUGAGAAGGAUGGCAAGCCUAUGCAGGGAGUGCUCGACAAGUCACCGUUUCAGCUCAAGGUCGUUCCCGGUGUCAGUGACUCGUCUGAUGUCGAGACCGAAUUUGACUUGAUCCGCUAUCGUCCCUAUGAUCUCGAGCAAGCCGACACCUUUGCCGCUACCCUCUUGUCACAUAGUCCAGAUUCUUACACUCUGAUCUGCGGAUAUCAUCACAUCAUCAUGGACGGCGUCAGCUGGCAAAUAUUGCAAAAGGACAUGGCCAUGUUCUACAACAACUCGGGCUUAGCGGACUCAGGCAAAUAUUUGCCAGCCCAAUACUCCGCGUUCACUCUUAAGCAACAAGAAGAUCUCUCCUGUGGAGCUUACGCCGAAAGACUCCGCUUCUUCCAAGACCAAUUCCGAGAGCCUGUCGAGCCUUUGCCUCUUUUCCCUUUCGCCAAAGUUGGCACACGGAAGGCCGUGAAGCAGUACGCUGUCCAGGAAGUUGUCAUCCAUCUCGAUGCCAAGGUAGUCAGCGCGAUCAAGCAGGCGAGCCAGACCUCUCGCACCACUCCUUUCCAUUUCUACCUCACUGCAUUCCAGGUUCUACUACACCGACUCUUAGAGACCGACAAGAUGUGCAUUGGGGUGGUAGACGCCAACCGGUCCGACCAGAAGUUCGUGAACACUAUCGGGUUCUUCUUGGAAACCAUCCCCUUGUUGUUCAAGGUCGAUAGCGAGCAAAGGUUCGUGGAACUGUUGAAGGAAACACGAAGCAAGGCAUACGCUGCUUUGGCACAGACCGGUGUUCCUACCGAGGAGAUUCUGAGAGCGUGCGGUGUCGCAUCAUCGACAACAGAAACGCCGCUCUUCCAAGUAUGCUUCAAUUACCGCAUGGGAGCUGGCCGCACCGCACCGCUCCAGGGAGUGGAGAUGAAAUUCUUGGACUAUGUUGACGCUCAGAACCCGUUCGAUCUCGUUGCGACUGUCGAUGACUUGGACGACGGAACUGCCAUGAUUACCCUCUAUCUACAAGAUUACUUGUACGACCAAGAGGGUGCUCAACUACUUGCCACCAUGUACGCGGACAUGCUUCAAGUAUUGGCAGAGAACCCAGAAAGUUCGGUUGGCUCUGUGUCGAUUUCCAACGCUGCCCUGGAGGACGAGGCUAUCAAACUCGGUACCGGGCCGAUCUUAGACCUUGCAGCUCCGUCUGCUGGCACUUUGUCAAAGAUUUUCAACACAUGGGUAGACAAGGACUCCCACGCUCUGGCUGUCAAAGACACUACCGGCAAAGCAAAGACAUACUUGCAGCUCUCAGAAAGGGCCAACGCCAUUGCCGCAUCGCUGCUGAACGCCGGCGCGGUGCCUUCCAGUCCCAUCGGUGUCCUGCUUGAGCCCAGUGUAGACACAAUUGCCACGAUUCUCGCCAUACUCCGCAUUGGCGCAGCCUAUGUACCGCUUGAUACAAGGAGCUCCGAUGCAGUGCUUACUGAUAUCCUGCAAGAAUCGCAACCGGGGAUUGUCAUCCACCACAGCGCAACCGCCCAACCUAGUCACUCUGAAUGCCGUCCCUCAGAAGACUAUCAGAAAGAUCGAGGACGUUUCAGCUCCAGAGGGCUCGCAAUGAUCCUUUACACAAGUGGUUCCACCGGUAGUCCAAAAGGCAUCCCGCUAACUAACGCCAACAUCCGAACCCCUAUCCUCGGUGUUUCGGAGAGGGUGCCACUUGGGCGAGAGGUGGUUCUCCAACAGAGUGGACAAGGGUUCGAUGCUGCAGUCUACCAGAUCUUUAUUGCCCUUGCCAACGGCGGCACCUUGAUCAUGGCUGACAAUAGAGAUGAUCCUGCAAAACUUGCCGCUCUAAUGGCCCAGGAAUCCGUUACUUGCACCACCCACAUUGUCUCCGAGAUGCAAGCUCUGUUGAAGUAUGGGUACGAUAAAAUUCGCAACUGCUCCUCAUGGCGCAUCGCAAUGGUUGCUGGCGAGGUGUUCACUGUCCACCUCUUGGACCAGUUCCGCGCGCUCAACCGACCUGACUUGAAGGUUUUUAACGCGUAUGGUCCGACUGAAGCGUCCAUCUGCUCUUCCUUGGGCGAAGUGUCCUUUGAAAGAAUCGACUCCACUGAAACUAGCAUCCCGAUCGGAAAGGCUAUUCCCAACUACGGGACCUAUAUCGUGGAUCAGCAUUGCAAACCUGUUCCACUUGGUUGGCCUGGUGAGGUCGCGAUUGCUGGGCCUGGUGUUGCCAGUGGCUAUCUAAACCUCUGUGAGCUGACUCAGGCUAAAUUCAAGACUUCGGCCUCUCUGGGAGACGUGUUUGGAUUGGGUUCCCUUUAUCUUACUGGAGAUAAGGGUCGAAUGCUUUCCGACGGAUCCAUUGUCCUCUCCGGCCGUGUGGAUGGAGACGAUCAGGUUAAGAUUCGAGGUCAUCGAGUGCGUCUGGGGGAUGUUGCCAGAGCCCUUGUCCAAACAUCCCGCGGCGUCUUUGCGGAUGCGGCUGCUCUGCUGAAGGGAGACGAUUCAUCAAAGCAGCAGCUCGUUGCCUACGUCGUCUUCUCCCGAACCAGCACUAUUCAGGACAAGCAGACAUAUCUCCGUCAGCUCAACCAAGAACUCCCUGUUCCAGCAUACAUGCGCCCAGCAAUCAUCAUCCCUCUGGAUACUCUGCCGGUGACAGACCGUGGCAAGCUUGACUCUAAGAAGCUGGCGUCGUUACCUCUGCCCGGCAUUCCUAACGAAGACGCGGACGAGCGGCUCACACUAACAGAGGCCCGAUUGCGAGACAUUUGGGAGAAUGUCUUGGGUGACAUAGCUUCAUCCAUUCCAAUCCGCCGUACCUCCGACUUCUUUACCGUUGGCGGUAAUUCCCUGCUUCUGCUGGCUCUGAAGGCUGAGAUCUCUCAAGUCUUCGGGCUGAACUUUCAGUCUCCGAGCUUUUCCAGGCAAGCACACUUGAGCUUCUCGCUGCCCGACUGGACGAUCAACUGGGACGAGGAGACCGCCCUGGACGAGACGGUAUUCACACCAACCCCCGCCACUAACGGAGUCAACGGACACGGAUCACUGAAUAGUGAUGCAAAGGGGAUCUCUGUUCUACUUACCGGUGCCACAGGCUUUUUGGGAGGCCACAUUCUGCGGCAAUUAGUCGAAUUGCCCAGUGUCGCACACGUUCACUGCGCGGCCAUUCGUCCCAACAGGGAUGGUGUGUCCCGACAAUUGAGUGUGGAAUCACCCAAAAUCAUCCGUCACUCUGGUGAUCUUUCACUCCCAAAAAUGGGCAUGAGCGAGUCGGAAUUCUCAGAUCUAUUCAAGAGCAUCGAUGUCAUCAUUCACAACGGCGCUGAAGUCUCACACAUGAAGAACUAUCGCAGUCUCCGGGCAGCCAACUUUUUGUCGACAAUUGAACUGGCACGGGCGGCUGUCAGCCAUGGCAUCCCGGUACAUUAUAUUUCCACUGGAGGUGUCGCGCGUCUGAGUGGCGCCGAUGAGCAGCCCGAGGCCUCGCUCGCCGCGUUCCACCCUCCCAUCGACGGAUCGGACGGGUACGUGGCGUCCAAAUGGGCGAGCGAGGUUUUCCUUGAGAAGGUUCAAAAACGCUUCCAAGGCCAAGUUUGGAUCCACCGACCCAGCAGCAUCACCGGUGACGAUGUUCCCGACAAUGAUAUUGCCCAUAGUCUGCUCAAGUUCUCGAGGGAGCUAGGGGCUGUGCCUGAUCUAACCGGGAGUGGGUUCUUCGACUUUAUCAGUGUCGAAACCGUAUCAAACAAGAUUGCUGCCAGCGUUGUCAAAAGCAACGAAAAGAGUGGUGGCGGUCUUGUCUAUCUUCACCAAAGUGGUGAACGAGUCAUCCCUGUUGGAGACUUGCAAAAGUAUGUUGGAGAAUUGGAAGGGCGACCAAUGCAAGUUCUGCCAUUGAAGGAGUGGGUAGAUUCGUCGAUUCGCAAGGGCUUGGACGAGGCUCUGGGGUCCUACAUGUUGGCCUCCAGGGGAGUCAUUCGGGCACCUCUGUUGCAGAGAGGUCAUCAUGUCGAGUAA